AUGGCCGCCCAGGAUGAACUCAAUCAACUGGAGCGCGUGUUCCUCCGCCUGGGCCACGCAGAGACCGACGACCAGCUCCAGGACAUCAUCUCCAAGUUCCUACCCCCUGUUCUCCUCAAGCUCUCCAGUGUCCAGGAGGGCGUGCGGAAGAAGGUGAUGGAACUGCUGGUUCACCUCAACAAGAGGAUAAAAAGCCGGCCAAAGAUUCAGCUGCCGGUGGAGACGCUGCUGGUGCAGUACCAGGACCCCGCCGCUGCUUCUUUUGUCACCAAUUUCACCAUCAUCUACAUUAAAAUGGGCUACCCUCGUCUGGAGGUGGCGAAACAAUGUGAGCUGGCGCCGACCCUCAUCACCGCCAUGGAAGGCAAGCCCCAGCCACAGCAGGACAGCCUCAUGCACCUGCUGAUCCCCACCCUUUACCACAUGAAGUAUCCCGCUGACCCAUCCAAAGGCGUGUCUCCGUUCAACCUAACCGAGAGGCCGAAGAUGAUGCACCUUCUGCUGGAGUUCAUGCUGGACGUUCUGCUCAUGCCUUACGGGUUUGUGCUGAACGAGUCGCCCACUCGGCCGGCGCCGUCCUCCUCCCAGGGGGGUUCCUCUGACGGGGCGGCCACGGGGGGCGGGCAGGGUCUUCCCCAGCCUCCCCCGGGGAUGAGCGUCUUCGCUGCGAAGAGGGUGAUCGGAGAGGCCCAGUGGAGCGCCGAGCAGCUGGAACAGUGCAAGCUGGGCAUCGUGAAGUUCAUCGAGGCCAAGCAGGCUCCAGAGGUGGAGACGGUGGUUCAUUUGGUGGUGGCUUCAAGCGACACCAGGCACAGCGUGGCCACUGCAGCGGACCUCGAGCUGAGGAGCAAACAGAGCAUCAUUGACUGGAACAAUCCUCUGAUCAUCAACAAGAUGUUCAAGGUGUAUCUGGGAGACGUUCCUCUGAAAUCAAAGGGCGGGAACGUCAAACAAGAGCUGAAGCACGAGCCAGUGAGCACCAGAGUGAAGCUAAAGAUCCUGCCACAUCUUCUACGCUCUCGCCUGGCAGCGGAGUGCUUCCCGGCUAACAUCCAGGUGGUCUACGACGGCCUGUUCGGGACCAACACCAACAACAAGCUGCUGUCGCUCACCUUACAGUUCGUCCAUCACAUCUGCAUGGUUUGCCCCGACACUAACAAGCCUUUAGGACUGAUGCUGCUCAACGGUCUGACCAAGCUCAUCAACGAAUACAAAGAGGAUCCUAAGUUAUUGUGUGUCGCCUACUCUGCUGUUGGAAAGCUCUCCAGUCGCAUGCCUCAGCUUUUCACCAAGGAUAUUGCUCUUGUGCAGCAGUUUUUUGAGUCCAUGUGUAAGGAGGAGCCGGAUGUUCGCCUCGCCAUCCAAGAAGCUCUAUCAAUGAUGGUGGGAGCUUAUGCCAACCUGCAGGGGGCGCUGCUGAACCUGAUGGAAGCCCUGGUGGCCGCAUACAUCUCAAAGCCGGAGGUGCAAGUCCGACAGGUGGCCAUGAAGUUCGCCAGCACGGUGUUUGCUCCUGACCACGUGCCGUCGAGAUACCUGCUGCUGUUGGCCGCCGGAGACCCAAGGGAGGAAGUGUCCGCCGAGGCCCAAAGGGUGCUGAGAGCUUCUCCUACAAAGAUCUCUGAGAAGGAGGGACCAAAGCCAAUGCCGUCCUUUCCUGACAUGGUCGCCUAUAUCCAGGAAAAAGCAGCUCAGAGGAUUAAAACCCCUGCGAAGUACAUCGUUGGAACCUCCACUAUUCCUUUUAACCCAUCUGCAUUUGGAGAGAUAAUGCUGUACCUGAGGAUGUGUCUGGCCCACAGCGCUGGCGCCAGGCCCACGUCCAGCCGGCUGCCGGACAUGCAGGACGACGCUCCCGCCAUCGGCCGCUACGUCCACACGCUGCUCUCAGCGGAGCCCCCGGCACCGAAGGGCCUGGAGGCAAAUCCCGUACACGUGUACAUGGACCUGCUGCAGCAGCUGCUCUCCGCUGUGGGAGGGAUCCCAGUCAUGUACUGUCUACUGGAGGUGGUGUCUGUGUGCCCAGAAAAACUGGCCCCCAGGUUUUCUGAUAAGAUAGACUGGAUUAAAAGCUUAAUGAACACAAAUAAGGAGGACAUGAGGGAACUCGCCGCCCAGCUGUAUGCUGUGGUGAUCUCCACCAUGACUGGCAACGAGCUGCAGAAGGCCGUGCAGAACCUGGUCAAAAUCACCAAAGACAACCAUAGUCCAGAGACUCAGCACGGCGCCAUCCUGGCCCUCGGCUACAUGGUGGGAAGGAAUCUGAGCAGGAAGAAAGGCACCACCUCUUGCGAGAUGACAGAAAACAAGGAAGAGGACAUGAGCAUCACUUCCCAGGAUGAUGACAAACUAGUCUCCAUGGCAACUAAGACAAUUGGUUCUUUCCUGGACAGCAGCAGUGCUAUGUUGGCCGUAGCAGCCUGCACAGCUCUGGGAGAAAUCGGGCGGAACGGCCCCCUCCUGAUCCCCGCAGAGGGAGACGGCUUCACCAAACUCUCCAUGGUGGAAAACCUGUUGGCGCGCAUCACUUCUGGCAAAGAGAGCAUAAAGAUGAAGGAGCGAUCCAUUACAACCUUGGGUUAUCUAUCAGUGGGAGACACAGACUUCCCACACCAGAAGAAGCUGCUGCAGGGCCUCAUGGACUCUGUGGAGGCCAAGCAGGUGGAGCUGCAGUUCACAGUGGGCGAGGCCAUCACCAGCGCUGCAAUAGGAUCCUCUUCUGGAGCCGCCCGAGACCCCUGGACCUGCACCGAGGACCAGUACAGCCCGCCACCCAAUGUCAAAAGCAACGAUGUUGUUCCUUGGGUCCUCAACUCCAUCCUGUCCAGGUACAUUCCCAGCCAGAACCCUCAUGUUCGGCAGGCAGCCUGCAUCUGGCUGCUGUCCCUCGUCAGGAAGCUCAGCCAGCACAAGGAGAUCACAACCCAUCUAAAGGACAUUCAGAUAGCCUUCAUCUCUGUUCUCUCAGACCCCGAUGAGCUGAGUCAGGAUGUCGCAUCUAAAGGCCUUGGGCUCGUCUAUGAGAUGGGGGGCGAGGCUGAUCAGCAGGAGCUGGUGUCCACACUGGUGGAAACGCUCAUGACUGGCAAGCGGGUGAAACAUGCAGUGUCAGAGGAUACCGAGGUGUUUCAAGGGGAGGGUCUGGGAAAAACACCCGAUGGCCAAAGCUUGUCCACAUACAAGGAGCUCUGCUCAUUGGCCAGUGACCUGAACCAACCGGAUCUGGUCUACAAGUUCAUGAACCUGGCCAACCACCAUGCCAUGUGGAACUCACGCAAGGGAGCAGCUUUCGGUUUCCACAUGAUCGCAGCCAAGGCCGGGGAGCAGCUGGCUCCCUUCCUGCCACAGUUAGUGCCUCGCCUGUACCGCUACCAGUUCGACCCGAACCUGAGCAUCCGCCAGGCUAUGACUAGCAUCUGGGAUGCCUUAGUCACCGAUAAAACCCUGGUGGAUAAAUAUUUGAAGGAGAUCCUGCAGGAUGUCCUGUCUAACUUGACCAAUAACACCUGGAGAGUGCGUGAGUCCAGCUGUCUGGCCCUCAACGACCUGAUCCGUGGCCGUCAGGCCGACGACCUCGUCGAUCACCUGGCAGAGAUGUGGGAGACGCUCUUCAGGGUCCUGGAUGACAUCAAGGAAUCUGUGCGAAAGGCUGCAGACUUGACACUGAAAACGCUCAGCAAGGUGUGCGUUCGUAUGUGUGAGUCCACUGGCUCCGCUGCCCAGAGGACCGUGGCCAUGAUGCUACCCACCCUGCUGGAAAAGGGCAUCGUGAGCAACGUCUCAGAGGUUCGCUCACUCAGUAUUCAGACCCUGGUGAAGAUCAGUAAGACUGCCGGUGCCCGACUGAAGCCCCACGCUGCUCGGCUGAUUCCAGCUCUGCUGGAAGCCCUCAGCACCCUGGAGCCUCAGGUCCUCAACUACCUCAGUCUCAGAGCCACUGAGCAGGAGAAGAGUGCCAUGGAUGCUGCCAGGCUGAGCGCUGCCAAGUCUUCUCCAAUGAUGGAGACUGUGAACAUGUGCCUGCAACAUCUGGAUGUUUCUGUGCUGGGGGAGCUGGUCCCCAGACUCUGUGAGCUGCUGAAGAGUGGCGUAGGCCUGGGAACCAAGGGAGGCUGUGCCAGUGUCAUCGUGUCCCUCACAGUCCAGUGUCCCCAGGACCUAACCCCAUACUCAGGUAAACUGAUGAGUGCCCUGCUCAACGGCAUUCAUGACAGAAGCACAGUCGUACAGAAAGCCUACGCCUUUGCUUUGGGGCACCUGGUCAGGACAGCGAAGGACAGCAGUGUAGAAAAACUACUGCUGAAGCUCAGCAACUGGUACCUGGAGAAAGAAGAACCUGUUCACAAGUCGUCGUGCGCGUUAACGGUGCACGCCAUCAGCCACUACAGUCCAGACGUGCUGAAGGCCCACGCGGGCGUGGCUCUGCCGCUGGCCUUCCUCGGCAUGCACCAGGCGCCGGGUCCCGACGAGGAGAAGGGAGAGGGCCACGACGCCACCCUGUGGUCGGAGGUGUGGCAGGAGAACGUGCCAGGGAGCUUCGGAGGCAUCAGGCUCUACAUGACGGAGCUGAUCAGCAUCACCCAAAAGGCCCUGCAGUCUCAGUCCUGGAAGAUGAAGGCGCAGGGCGCCGCUGCCAUGGCCACCGUUGCUAAGGAACAGACGGGCUCGUUGGUGGCCCCGCACCUCGGUUUGGUGUUGACGGCUCUGAUGCAGGGACUGUCUGGGCGAACGUGGGCUGGCAAGGAGGAGCUGCUGAAAGCCAUCGGAUCGGUGGUGUCCAAGUGCAGCGCGGAGCUGCGGAAGCCCUGCAGCGGCCAGCCCACCGUCCCCGAGGUGCUGGAUGUGGUGCUGAAGGAGUGCCGUAAGGAGAACCUGCUCUACAAGAUGGCUGCCCUGCGCUGUGCCGCCGACGUUCUCCACAGCAGCCAGGAGGACCGCUUCAGCGACAUGGCCGACAUCCUCUUCCCUCUCAUCAAGAAGAGCUGUCCAGAGAGCGGCGGCGUUGGCGGCGCCUCUCCCAGGUCAAUGGAGGACGACGACGACGAUGACGACGACACCAAAGACGUGAAAGAUAAGGAGCUGCAAACCGAAGCUGUUCUCUGUGCUUUUGAGACACUUGGGAAGACCUGGCCCAGAAACCCCCAAACCCAAGCUCGUUUCCAGACGGAUGUGUGCACCCUGAUGUCCGGGAAGCUGAAACUGAGCACAUGGAAGGUGCAGCUCGCCGUCCUUCAGGCCAUGAACGCAUAUUUCCAGGAGUUGUUGCUGCUUGAGAAGGGCAACAAAGACAUGAAUGCACUAUCACAGAUCCUCACCGAGGCCUGCAUCGCGCUCACGUAUUCUUUAGAAAAUAAGAGCUACUCUUCUGUGAGGACGGAGGCCUUAUCCGUCGUGGAUCUGAUCGUUAAGAGAACAGGAGAGAGCGAGCAGUGGGACUGCAUGUCGGCGAGGAGCCGGGAGCAGCUGCAGCGCUCGCUGUCCACGCUGCAGUCGGACAGCCGGCCCGAGCUGAGGGACAAGGCCCAGGAGCUGCGGCGCCGCAUCCAGAGCCAGCCCUGAGCCGCCGGCGGAGAGGCGGAGCGCCGUCUUCAACAGUCAGCAACACCAACCAUGUACUAGAACACCCGAGCUGACACGCCCGCUUUCAUCCGCUCCACCCACGACCGUCGCAGCGGGGAUCCGUGUAGUCUGGGUCGGUGGCUGAGGUGCGAGGCGCCAACCAUGUGUGAUUGAUUAUUAUUUAGUUUUUUUGUCCGUUUAAAAUGGGCAGCGUGUUGAGAAAUGCUUUCUAAAAACCAAACCGACGUGUUGCUUUGUGGACACUGGAGCUCUAGCCUCUAAACGGGGAUUUUACUACUGUUGUGGGUUUGUCUUAAUAAACUGUUGUGUAAAGUGCGGCGCCCAGGUUAGUUUUUCAUAGCGUGAUGAGAACAUGUGCCAGACCAGAAAGACGCGAGAGCUUGCUGUUAACUUGAAAGUGAUGCCAUGGUUGUUUCGAUUUGUCCUUCAUGAAAUAAAACUUUGGACCACUGACCCAGA